UACAGUGGACAAAAAUAAACAUGGAUAAAGUCUUCCUCACAGAUGCUAAAGCAAACUCUGUAUUAAAAAGAUAUCCACGGGCAAAUGUAUUUUUGGAAGAACUUAAGCAAGGAAACAUUGAACGUGAAUGCGUGGAAGAACGCUGUGACUAUGAAGAGGCAAGAGAAGCUUUCGAAAAUGAUGAGAAAACUAGGGAAUUCUGGAAAAGUUAUACAAGAGGAAUCCAUGGAGAAAUUAACACUGGGUAUAACUGGUAUCCAUUUUACCUUGUUUUUCCAUUAAUCAUUGGCCUUCUCAUUAUUCUCAUCAUCAUCUUUGUCACAUGGAGAUGCCUCCUCAAAAAGAAAAUGCGGAGACGAUCCAUGUAUGCACAUGGCAGUACCAGGGAAGCCACAGGUGACAGAACUGUUACUGAUGGGAGAAGUCCUCUUCCUCUGCCACUCAGCAUUCUUCAUUCCCCUCAGGAAGACAUGUUUGAAGGCAAUGGACAUUCUCCAGGAUAUCUGAGCUACGCAGAUGGACGUUCAGAUUCUGUGUCAACGAGGCUGUCAAAUUGUGACCCACCUCCAUCAUAUGAAGAAGUUGCUGGUGAAAAUGGAAUGAGAAGAAAUGAAACUACAAAUCAAAUGGAUCCACCCCCACAGUAUGAGGACAUAGUGAAUGCUAGUUUGGUUAAUGGCACUUCAGUACCUUCUGUUGCCACUGGUAUCAAAUGAAAUAGGAAAAACACGAGUAACUCCUUUAUUAAAGAGGGGGGAAAUCCUAUUUUUCCCAGCACUUUAUUUCAGCUUAAUGUUUGAAAGUCUACUAAUUUUUUACCACUUCCUCCUCUACUCCAAUAUUGGUUUGUUCUGUGGCACUUCCAUCCCAACAGGAUUUGCAGGGAGGGAGACAAAGCAAUAAUUGGCAUACUUCCCAAGAUGCCAGUUCCAUUGGCUGCUGUUGCUUUACAUUAUUGAUUAAAGUGCUUUUAUUACAAGCAUAAAGGAUUUCUAAUGGCAAAGUUAGAAAAAGGGAUUUACAUACCCUCAAAAGAUGCUUUUUAUAAUCUGAAUUGUUCAGAUGCCAUCGCUCAUUGCAAGUUGCACUAGGGGCUUUAUGUUGAAAUGCUUCAAAGUCUACAAGUACAGAAAUGAGCACAUUUAUGGCCUAAAUGUGAAUCUUGCCACAGUAUACCAAAGAGAGCCAGUUGCCAUAAGUGCUGUUAAAAAUCUUUGAAAUAAAAUACUCCCUGUUCUGGUGAGAAAUGCAGUAUUUUGAUACCCAUGCUUUGAAAGGGGAAGAAGUAUGAAAUGCAUAUUUGGAUUUUAGAAUGUGGAAUCAAAUAUUGAUUGACUGAAAUUCUCAGUAAAUAUUAUUAUUGAUGUCAGUGGAGUUAGAAUUCUACCCAUCCAGCAGAAUAACAAUGAUAAGAACUAUGUUUUGAGAGAGGGGAGAGAACCAUAUGUGAUGAGACCAGGCCUGGACAAUGGCUUCUCUGUGUUAUUUUUUGUUAAAAACGAGUGAUUAUACAACUAUCAGAUGGUUUGCAGGGUGACUUUGUCCUCCUCUUGCCCACAAAUCAAUCACCAUCGUUCCUACUUGUUUCCUCUCUGUGCCACCUAAUGAGUGAUAUAUAGAACUAUACCUUAUCUGCAUUUGGCUGCAUCUCAGUGACCAGCACUUUUUGUAUUAAUUUCGUGUGUUACAGUUUAUGAAAUGGCCUACUGUCCUCUGGUAUAACAUUCAGUUCUUUUUGAGGGGGUGGGUUUUGCUUCAGCAAGUGUUUUUUACAGCAGGCUAUUCUGUGUUUGUGCAUGCCAGGUUUUAAAAGCAGAUCUGUGAAAGAACUUUAGAAGUAAAUUUAUUUCUAACAAUUUUUAUUGUUACCACAGCACAAAUGGUUUGGGAGACAGGUUUGCUUCCAAGGUGAUGCCAGAGUACUGAAAAGUGUUGCCUGUCUCUUUACUUUUAUGCUUGAUUUAAAUGUGACACUAGGAGGCAAUAAGAACUUAUUUGAUGCAUAUGUCCAGCGACAUGAUCUUUGGGAGUCUAGAGGAAGGGAGAUACCAAAACAGUGCAUGAAGGAAGAAGAGGUAGAAAUUCCCUCUUUUCUUGCUAGUACUUACUUUUUCCCCUCUGUUCCUUGAGCUGUUUGGCUGCCAGAUUAGACUAAUUACCAAAGAGGAGUUUGCCAGUGUUUCCCAGACUUCUGACAGCUAAGACAUAGCAUCCCCCCAUAACAUUAGAGACACACCUAGAGCAAUGAGUCACAUAGAGAGACAGCUGGUAAUUAUCAUGUAUUUCUGCUCAUAGUGUGGUUAGAUUAUUCAUUCACUCUGAUACAGCGGCACAGCAGAAUUACCUGCCCUCAGUAAAGGCUAACUGGAAAAAGUCAUGUUCAGAAUUUUGUUUUAUUUUCUCACUGCCUAUUAAUGGUUUUUCAAGUUAUUUUCAUUUGUCUCGGCACACUUUUGAUGG